ACAUACGCCGUCUCUACCGACGCGGGUAGACGCGCCAUCUGUCAUUUCGCUAUCAGAAAAAAAGCUUUACAAUCAGUCGUGUAAAAGUGAUAAAUAAUUACCCAACUGGAUUGAAGUGCUUUUGUCACUGUGAAGUGCUUUUUAUUUAAUUUGGUGGUUAUCGCAUUGUUUACAUCGAAAAGUGAGCGGACUAUUCGUAUUUAAAUUAUUAGAUGUGACUUCGUGUAGUGAUAUGUUGUUUGCCUUGUACACGACGGCUGUGUGGUAGAAAAUACAAGAAAUAAUUUAUAUAAAUUGCGCAGCCAUUGUUUUACGGUAUGAAGAUUGAAUCCGAAUGAGCGGUAGUUGUGGAUCGUGCGAUGCGGACUAAUCAGUGAGAUGAUAAAGUUUCGGUAUAAACGUAAGGAGCCGAGCGAUGGAAGCAAAGGGACGGCCAUUCAGAAACAGAAAAUUGAAGGUCUCAAAGACCGGGAGCUGUUGCCUCCGAAGGAUAUGCUCUUGAAUGGCUCCCUCGCUGGUGUCAGGCAUAAUACUUUGCCCAGAUCUCGACCACCGUCUUCAGCAAGGAGGGAGCCUGAGCCGCCACUCCUUAGUCAAGCAACGUUAUCGUUAUUUAGAGAACUAUUCACGCAGCUGCAAUGGUCGGCAGAGCGGGCACCGGCAGCGGACAGCUUACGGCGUGCGUUGGGCGGAGUGGGCGCUAGGUUUCAACUCGGUUGCAUGGCAGACGCGAGUGAAUGCUUCGAGCACCUCCUACUAAGGGUCCACGCGCACGUGGCCGCAGGUGCAGAUAGGAGAGACGAUGACGCAUGCAGAGCACCGCACUGUGUGCCGCACAGAAAGUUUGCAAUGAUGCUGGUCGAACAGUCGGUCUGUGGUGCUUGUCAAGCGACAUCCGAACCACUUCCAUAUACUCAGAUGGUGCACUACGUCUCAGCAACAGCUCUAACAACGCAAGCUGCAUUAGGGGAACAUGGAGACAGCUUCGGACUAUUGCUUAAGAAGGCUGGUGGAAUGGGCGACAUUAGAGAUUGCCCGAAUGCAUGUGGAGCCAAGAUUCAAAUCUGCCGUACAUUAAUGAAUCGUCCUGAAGUGAUAUCUAUUGGCAUGGUAUGGGAUUCAGAACGUCCCGCAGCAGAAGACGUUGCAGCAGUAUACGCUGCUCUUGGUACUGAACUUCUUCCCACCGAUGCUUUCCAUGAAUGUGUCGAUCGUGGUUGGGCUACACGUGCUACACAUCGCCUCGUGGGCCUCGUCACUUACUACGGAAAACACUAUUCUACCUUCUUCUUCCAUAGUAAACUUCGCUUAUGGAUAUACUUCGAUGACGCGGAUGUUAAAGAAAUUGGCCCUGAAUGGGCACAUGUAGUUGAUAAAUGUCGCCGAGGACGAUUUCAACCUCUCCUACUAUUAUAUGCAGCAAUAGAUGGAACUCCUUGCGAUACUCGCUACGCCCCAAAAGAAAUAGUACCGUUUCCUGCUCCAGAACCUCGACGAGCUAUCACACCGGCGCCUGAACGGCCGAAUUCCGGCUUUGCACGGCGUGCUGUCACUCCGGGGCCUGAUAAUGAGAGUGAUUAUGUUAGUAGAAAAACAGUUGAAAAUAUGUGGGAAGCUAAUCGGCGAGCCCAAUUAGGACGUAGUCUCAGUACAGGUUCUGCUUCAGAUACGCAGGAUCGACCACGAGUACGACGAGACUCUGGCAACUGGAGUGGUGACCGCAAUAGUGCGUCAUCAGCGUCGUCGUCUACUUUUGAAAGCCCCUAUAUGUACACUAAAGGUCGAGGACCAGGAAGUGUACCUGGAAGUCCAACACGGAAGGGUGAACUAUCCAGCGGUGGGUCUUGUGAUGCGGGAUAUGACUCAUAUUCAUUAUCAUCGACCGAUAGCCUGCCAUUCCAACAAGUCCUUAGACAUAAUCCGCCAAUGAUGCAAAUACCUGAGUUAAAAACGGUAGAUACUUGUAAAGCGUUAUGUGCGGAAGCUGACAGGCUAUUGGAUAAAUCUCGUCAAGCAGAAAAUGCUGCAGAUUUUGAAAAAGCCUUAAUUUUGUGUGAUGCAGCAGCUUCAAAAGCCAGCGCUGCAAUGGAUGCAUCAUUAAAUAAUGCUCACACUAUGACUUUCGCUAGAAUGAAACACAACACAUGCAUAAUGCGCGCCAGAAGUCUCCAAAGACGUAUAGCAGGAGCAUCACGUAUAUCAGAGUCUCAGCAGACGAUACCUGUUAGAAAUACUAAAGGUGGCCUAGAAAACACACCGUCAACCAUAGAGAUCUAUGCAACGUUACCGAAAAAGAAGUCAUCCAAAAAGUCCUCUAAGUGUGUAGAAGAUGAUAUAGACAAUGUGCCCCGUGAACGUCCACCUAGACAUAAAUCUCGAGACGAAGAAAAAAAUAGAGAAAAACGAUCACGAAGUGAAGACCGUGGUAGAACCAGAAAAGAAAUGACAAUAACUGCGGAAAAGAAAGAAGAAGUUGUUGAAGAUAAGAAAGCAAACAAAAAACAACAUAAAAUCCGUAGAAAGCUAUUAAUGGGUGGCUUGAUUCGUAGAAAAAAUCGAUCUAUGCCUGAUUUAACAGAAGGAGCCGAUGCCAAUAAUGAAACGGCUAAUGUUGAAAAACGAGUUUCAUCCGUUGAUGAUGGUGAUGUGGGAAGGAGAAAGGGGGACGACAAAUCUAAUCUAAGCGGCUAUUUAUCAGAAGGUCAUUUAGAAUAUUCAGCAGCUAGUGGUACUAAUCCCAAUCUUGAAAGAAGUAAGUUAAUGAGAAAAAGUUUCCACGGAAGUGCAGUAAAAAUCCGUAAAGUGCCUCCACCACUACCACAGAGAACCACUUCCCAGCUUAGCGGGUCUAAGUUUGAUUCCGAAGUGAUCGAGCAUGAUAUUCAGUCACGUCCACAACAGCCUUUGCCUCACGCUAAUCAUAAUGAGUAUUCCUACCCACAGGAUGUUGAAGAAGAUGGUGGUUUUUCUGAACAGUACGGUGAAGAACCUCAAUCGCUACCAUUCUUACCCUCUUACGACGGAAAGCCUGUGAAUCAGUUUAAUAGACUAGAUGAUUCGUCUCCACAAAAUUUUCAUACUGUUGUAACUAAAGCUAUGAUUCAUCAGGAGCAAAGUCCAGUGAAAAGAGACGGUAUUCCGCCGAUUCAAGCUUCUCAUAAUAACAUUCAAAAUUUAAGUAAUGCUUUCGAUAAUGGAGUAGACGUCGUUGACUGUGCAAUGCCAUUAAGAAGAUCUCCUCAGGUGUUUGAACUGCCGCCUUAUCCCAGUCCUAUGAACUCUGUUAACCACUCGAGACAGCCCAGUGAAGAAUUUCCCCCGCCACCUCCGCCUUUGGAUUUAACUCCGCUCCAGGAAGAGCUGAAUUACUUACAAAAUAACAAUAGAGAUGUUGAUAUAACGAACAAUAAUGAUAUUGAUGCUCCAAAAGGAUCUUUAUUAGCACAAUUACAAGAAAAGAGAAAUCAAAUUCUAAGAAAUGAAGAAUGCCUUUCAAAAUUCAAUCAAUUAGAAGCUAUUAAUACACCAGGAGAUACAUGGCUAAAGGAGUUGCAAGCUAAACAAGCUGCUCUUAAAUUGAAAAGAUCUGGAUCUAUCGAAGGACAAUUAUCUACCCAUGUAGACAAUAUGAAUAGUGUUAGAAGCCUAGCUUCAAGGUUUGAAAAUAGUGCUCAACAGCUCUCAUCCGAUGUAGAAAGAACUCAUAUUGGAUUCGUAGGUAUGAGUGGCAAUAGAGAUGUAAUUAAUUGUUCUAACCAAUCUAACUCUGGUUUGUAUAAUAGAAGAGCAUCAUCAUCUUCAAUAGAUCCCAAACAAAUAGAAGAUGACUACAGUGAUCAAAAAAUUAACAACAAUAACUCUUUUAACGAUAGAAAUAAACAGAAAAAGAAAUCAGUGUCUUUUUGUGAUCAAGUAAUUUUAGUUUCUACAGCUGAAGAUCAAGAGGAUGAUAGUUAUAUACCUAACCCUAUUUUAGAAAGAGUACUGAAAUCAGCAAUGAGUAAACCGGAACUGACUACAAUGCCUCUACAGUCAGAGAAGCCUUCAUUGCAACGAACAGAAUCGUUCGACAGUCAAUCCUCACGGUCCACUAUAUCAUCACUAUCCCAAAAUUCUUUUGUACCUAAUGAAAGUAGUCAAGCUGAUUACGUACGAUUACAAAGCGCAUACCCCACGUAUCAGAGUGCUCCAGUUCGACCGCAACAACAAUAUAACGUACAAAAAAGUUCUGGUGUUUACGGAACUAGCGGUCCCGUACAACAGACCCAAAAUCAAAACAACUCAAAUAAUAGUCAAAUAUAUCAAUCACUUCCAAAUAAUCCAUUGCCAAAUACUACGAAUCCUAUACCAUACACUCAACCGCCAGCAGUAUUUCAAAACCACAGCACGAGCCCACCGAAUUUCAGUCAAAAUCCUGCAAACCGAUUAACUCCGACAGCACACAAUCACGCUUAUAUGACCAAACACAACAAUCUUCAGCGGCCUGUACCUAAUACAUAUCCGCAUGCACCGAGCCAACUUCAUCAAAUAAAUCAAAGUCAGAACAACGCUUACUAUCACCGACUACCUCAGCACCCAACAAGUUCCACCGCUACGCUUCCUAAUGCAAAUUACAACGCAAACCGACAAUACAAUCAGAAUCUGCCAAAUAACUCAUCGCCGUACCAAAGUGUACCCACCAAUUCGCCGGCUUACCAGAGCUAUCACAACCCACCGACAAGCUACGCUAGCUCAGAGUACUCUAGUCGUUACCCGGCGGCAAAUACGAACCACUACGGUGCGGCUCCGUCACCAUACCAGAGGGUACCUCAACCGCACGGGGAACCCCAAGACUACUCCAUAAAUAAUAACUAUCAAAAAUUACCUAAUAAUUACUACCAGGACAACAACAACUCAAAUCAAACACGCGUCCCAGAGAUUCGCCACUACAAUAACUCGCAGCCACAGAGAACGAUGUAUAAUCAAAACGUGGAGAGUAGUGUCAACAAUGAUACGUUAACGCAGUACCAGUACAAUCAGAGUGGUUACAAUCCAUAUCAACACAUACCACCGCCAAAGCAGUUGCAAAAAAAGUCUGUUUCUUUUGAGCCUGGCACGAAGGGAGGGACGGAGUCUCCUGUGCCAUCACAAAUGGCCAGUAAUGCUUAUACAUCCACCGAACAUCAAACAAAUAUGGCCCUGUCUGGUCAAAAAACACCAUGUAACUUAUGUCGAAAAAAGCAAGUAAAUCCCCCAUCACUUUAUUGCCCAGAUUGCGACUUUUACAUGUCGAGAUUUAAACCCCACUCAUAGCUAAAUUGCUUACAAUGUAUAAAAUGAAUAAUAUUUUUUAAAUAAUGAACAAAAAUGUAAAUGUUAUACUUAAUAUAACUAAAUAUAUGUCGUACUCUUAAUGUUUAGCCUGAUAUAAAAAUGUACAGAUAUAGUUUUAGAUAAAAACUGACUGAUCUCAAUUGAGGAUUUGAAUAUAAUAUGAGCUACACAAAACAUGGUGUAACUUGUGGAUGAAAUUGUAUGUUAAGAUAUAUAAAGUAUAUGAUGUUAUGAGUAAAAUGUAAUUAGAAUUAAACACAUUUCAAGUAAUUGACUGUUUUUUAUUUCUAAAUUAAGACUUGUAUGAUAGUGAUGUGGAAAAGAGAAAGGGUGAUGACAAACCUAAUCUAAUCGUCUAUUUAUCAGAAGGUCGUUUAGAAUAUUCACUAAACUCAAUGUAAGUUAAUAAGAAAGUUUCCACUGAAGUGCAGUAAAUAUCCGUAAAGUGCCUCCACUAUUACCACAGAGAUCUUAUAUUAUGACUAAUGUUAUGAGAGAUGAUAUGACUAAAUUGUAAUUAGAAUUAAACACACUUCAAGUAACUGAUUGUUUCUUUUUUGUAUAUUAAAAGUUUAUACUUAGUAUUCAAAUAGCGAUUUUAGUUUCUUUAAGGUACCUAC